AGGCCCCGCAUAUCUCUGUCGCCUGCUGCGGCUGCUCCCAAAGCUUCUUUUGCUACCACAGCAACCGCCAGGCUCGUUUCUACUAGUCCCUACCCACCCUCUAUUUCUACGCCGCCGCGGAACACGCUUCUUUCACAACAUGGCUUCCGCCUCUUUCCGGGACUCGAUGAACUCGCUGGGGUGGAGCAGAAGAGACCAAGAUGUCCCCGUGAACACCGAGUCGCCCUCGUUGCUCGGCAGGCUUCAGAAUAUGAAUCCCUUUGGAGAGGGUGGCUAUGUCAGGCUCCCCAUAACAGAAACGAACCCGGGCGCCCCGCUACCAGCACCCACCAGAAGAGAAGAAGAGGAAGGGUGGUUUGCGCUGAGUCGGUGGGACCGACUGCUCGUCUUUGGUGGGCUGUUGAUCGCAGCCUUGGCGAUGUUUGCUAUCUGCAUUGGACUCAUGUUCACCCCCCUCUUCAUUGUUAAACCGCGCAAGUUUGCCAUCUUAUGGUCCAUGGGCAGUCUUCUGUUUCUGGGAGCAUGGGGCGUCUUGAUGGGCCCCAUUCAGUACUUCCACCAUCUCAUUUCUGGACCGAGACUUCCGUUCACGGCUGCUUAUUUUGGCAGCAUUUCGCUCACCCUCUACUUCUCUCUCGGUCUCCACAGCACCAUCCUCACCUUUGUCGCGGCCAUUGCACAGCUAGUUUGCCUUCUUUGGUACAUCGUCUCCUACUUCCCCAUGGGCUCAACAGGCCUACGGUUUGCUGCUCGUUUUGGAGGAAACCGUGUCGCAGCCUGGAUGAAUGAUUGAGCUCAGGCUACGUGCCACUGCGGUUGCUGCGGUGGACUUCGAAGCUGCGGUGUAAAUAUACUCGAAGUAGGUGGACGCGACGCGUCUCGGACAAACAAUGGCACCAAGACCGUUACAAUAAUCCUGCUCUUUGGAGCAAACACUGAUUCGACCAGGAUUUAUUGGGGCAAUCACGUCGCAUUGUCACGCACACUGCCUCUUCCACGCCGCCCACUCCUGACACCUG